AUGAUCCCCCGAGAUGACCUGGCGUCCCUACCACUCGACGCUCUUCUCGCGGAGUUGGAGCGUAGAGAUGAGAAGCCUGCCUGCGGAACCCGAGGCAAGCAGGGCUCCUACAACACCGGGAUCCAUGUCUUUGCACUCUUCCUGAUCCUCGCGCUGAGCACGCUAGCAUGCUCGUUCCCGGUCAUAGCGCGGCGGUUCCCCAAACUACCCAUCCCGCACCGACUCCUGUUCCUUUCACGACACUUUGGCACAGGGGUAUUGAUAGCCACGGCAUUCAUCCACCUCCUUCCCACGGCAUUUAUUUCCAUGACCGACCCAUGUCUCCCGAAUUUUUGGAAUAAGGACUAUCCUCCCAUGGCCGGGUUCAUCGCCAUGGUGGCGGUGUUCGUGGUGGUGUCAAUUGAAAUGUUCUUCGCAACUCGUGGAGCAGGUCACACUCAUGGUAGCGAAUGGGACCGGCCCGAACCAGUACAGGAGGAACAAGCACGUGGACUUUCUCUACAUCACUUAAACACGCCGGUCACGCCCUACACAGACAACAGCCCCCGGGUCCCCACCGAUUACGACGACGACGACGACAUAGAAGCGUUGGAUUCUUUGGCGGAUGAAUCUGCGACCUUGAAUCACCCGCACCGGAGGAAGAUCUCCGAGCAUGAAAACCACCUUGAGCCAACAAGGUCGUCGGACGGACAAGACCCAAAGAAACUCUUCCUGCAGUGUCUGCUCCUCGAGGCGGGCAUCCUUUUCCACAGCGUCUUCAUCGGUAUGGCGGUCUCAGUCGCAACGGGGACGCAAUUUGCCGUCCUCCUGAUCGCCAUCUGCUUCCACCAGACCUUCGAAGGAUUCGCCCUGGGCUCGCGAAUUGCGGCACUUAUCCCCGCGCUUUUCGACGCCAGUAGUCCCAAACCUUGGCUCAUGGCUCUCGCAUACGGCGCCACCACGCCGAUCGGGCAGGCGAUCGGGAUCUGGAUGCACGGGCUUUACGACCCGGCGUCCAAGGUGGGGUUGUUGAUGGUAGGCAUCACCAACGCGAUCAGUAGUGGGUUGUUACUGUUUGCCGGGUUGGUCCAGCUCAUCGCUGAAGAUUUUCUUAGUGAUCGAAGUUACGAGACUUUGAAAGGCCGACGGAGGAUCGAGGCCAGUUUCGCCGUCCUGCUGGGUGGCCUGCUCAUGGCGGUUGUGGGUGCCUUUGCCUGA